AUCGCCUUUGGCCCUGGCCUAAUGGACCCUAUGGGGAAUCCGCCUCUGGAUACGAUGAAGGAUUAUCAAGCUCGUCCAAUGUUAUAAAACUCGGAUUUGCGUAAGAAAAUCCAGUGCAUAGGUAUCCAUUUAAUAAGUAAAAAUGUUACGGGGUUUUGUGUUCUGUUGUACUAUUGUGUUUGUAACAGGGCGCUUGCCUAAUGCUGACUACAUCGAACAUGUAGUCAGAAGUAACGCUUUAAGCACUCGUAUAUCUGACAAUGUUAUUGAAGAUGCUACGCUAGAUUUGCCUGAUCUGGUACGAAAAUAUAAUUAUCCAUUUGAAGAGCAUUCUGUGACGACUGAAGAUGGAUAUAUCUUGGGGUUGCAGCGUAUUCCUCACGGACGGGACUCGCACAAUGCCCCUGGGAAUAAACCUGUUGUACUUUUGAUGCAUGGCUUAUUAUCCUCAUCUGCCGAUUUUAUCGUAAUGGGACCAGGAUCUUCUCUAGCAUACAUUUUAGCAGAGGAAGGUUAUGAUGUUUGGCUGGGAAAUGCUCGUGGCAACUACUUUUCACGAAGACACAGACGAUUGAAUCCCGACGCAGUUCUCAGCAAUGCCUUUUGGGAGUUUUCUUGGGAUGACAUAGGAAACAAAGACUUACCUGCAAUGAUUGACUUCAUACUCCAACAUACGAAAAAAUCUGCAUUGCACUAUAUCGGAUUCUCUCAGGGUACCACGGCGUUUUUUGUUAUGGGAUCACUUCGGCCAGAGUAUAACAGGAAAAUCAUUUCAAUGCACGCUAUGGCACCUGUAGCUUAUAUGGCCCAUAAUACUAGUCCAUUAUUGAGAGCAUUAGCACCUUUUGCUAGAAGAAUUGAGGAAAUGGCUGCACGACUCAGCAUAGCCGAGUUCUUACCUAAGAGACCAAUUUACACAGAAAUAGGCAAACAGGUUUGUAUCGAUGGAGCGGAAACUCAGCAACUCUGCACUGAGGUUAUAUAUUUUAUAGCCGGAAGAAGUGAAGAUCAACACAAUGCGACUAUGUUACCUGUUAUACUUGGUCAUUAUCCGGCUGGUAUAGCGUUGAGGCAAAUAGCGCACUAUGGUCAAUCAAUUUUUGGCCGAGACUUCCGACGCUAUGACCAUGGACCCGUCAUCAACAGGAGAAUAUACGGAUUCGCAAUCCCGCCACGCAUUGACUUGUCCAGAAUAUCUGCCCCAGUGUAUCUACAUUAUUCAGAAACCGAUCCAUUAGCAGAUGUAAGAGACGUAGAGAGGCUAUUCAGAGAGCUGGGAAAUCUAGCUGGAAGGGUUAGAGUGCCACGGAGGAUAUUCAGUCAUGUAGAUUUUGUAUGGGGGAUCGAUGCGAAAACGCUUGUCUAUGACGGUAUAAUCAGAGCUAUGCGACGACGAGACCGGCAAAACUGAAAUAAAUAUUUAAAAAAUU